AUGUACCAAACGACUUAUUUAAAAUUACAGAAGCGUAUAAUCAAGAAGAGAUUUUCAGUUUACAAUAUUACGAUGAAACGAAUAAGCCAAUCAGUCCUGAUAACAUCAACAAACAAGUAUUUAUUUUCAAGUGAUUUCGCAAUUAAAACCGUCGGCGAAUAUGAAAAACGCAUAGAGAUACGAAAAAACCUCAUUCGAAAGAAUUUAACAGUCACUCUUGAUAGGAUAGUCAGGAUUCUCAAAGUGCACAUCUCCGUUGACUACACAGUGUACAAGUUUUCCAAUAAGACUACAGAGGUGAUAGCAGAAGAUGUGCUCGCUUACUUUAAUGCAGCCACUCUGGCCGAAUUAAAUAAUAUGGAAGCUCUGGCAAAGCGACCGAGCUUCCUAACUAUAUUCAGAAUAGAAAAAAUACUACCAAAGAGUGGACAUAAUUUUGACUGCUGUGGGAAUCGAAAUUUGGCAAGUCCCAAAACUGAAAUGGAAGCGAAGCUGGACAGUAAAAAACCUUUUUCUGACGGAAUGUUGGGUCUCGCAGAUCAGAAAUCAAUGUGUACAUAUGGUUCUGCUCUCUGGGUUAUGGACAAAGGUGAAUUUUUCAACAGCGUGAUAACGGUAGCGCACGAGUUGGGCCAUAUAUUCGGCAUGGAACACGUGGAAGACGUCUUCGGUUGCGUGUGUGACCCACAGCCGUGCGUUAUGGACAGCAAAACUGUUGAUCAGGAUGUUUACAGUUGGGCCAGUUGCUCGUUGGAGACGUUAGAAGAGACCAAACAACUGCAUCAGUGCCUCUACAAUAAGAAUGCUCCUUUUGAUCUGACGUCCACUCACUGUGGCAACGGACUCGUUGAUGACGGCGAAGAUUGUGACUGCGGUGAAUAUCCAGAAGAAAUUUGUGCUACGAAAUGCUGCAAUGAAGAAAUCUGCAAGUUCACUUCCGGGUCUCAGUGCGCCACUGGGUUGUGCUGUGAUUUAAAUACAUGCAAGUUAAAGUCAGUUGAAAAGAUCUGUAGGGCUAUAGAGGAUGACUGCGAUAUAGAAGAUAGGUGCGAUGGAAGUUCAAAUCUCUGCAAAGAUGUUCACAAACAAGAUGGAACAAUGUGUUUAGAGAAUAACUUCUGCAUGAACGGAAAGUGUCCAAUAAGGGAUGAACAGUGUUCGCAAUUAUGGAACGACAAUAAAACAGUUUCAGCCAGUCUGCAAUGCUACAAUCAGAACAAAUUGUUAGAUAACACCUGCUUCAACUGUGACUACGAUGGACCAACCGGAACAGUUUACCCCUGCGUUUCUCAGUAUGUAAAUUUCAACUUACUAUCUUUUGUUACUCAUCCAAACUGUGGAAAUUAUUUAGAGAUGUUUAAAGCAAGUUAA